AGGGUUUUGCGUUUGCGAAUAGCGUCUUGCGCUGACAGCGCCACUACGGCAUAAAAAAAAAGUUAUUAGAAACAAUUUCAAAGAAUAUACCAUUUUACGAUAAGAAUGGUAAUUUUAACUGUCGUAUUUUCGCGUUUAACUAAAAUUUCGAGGUUAAUUUAUCAGCAGCAAACAAUCAGUUGCGCUUAGUUUUGAAUACCCGCCUUUACGUUCCUUCACCAGCCAAGUUAAUCCACAAGCUCAUACUCGCGCGCGUACUCAGAGAGCCAGUCGUGCUUCUUGUCGUGUUUGCGACGUAAAGUUCAGAGUUUGCCAUCAGCAUUCAUGCCGAACGUGAGUCGGUCGCGCGUAGGUCUUCUUUGUGAGCACCUACUUUAUCUAGAUCUCAGCUGGAGUGAUCUGGAAGACAUUUUCCUUGGACAUCAACAGCGCACACCCCGACAGUAUAAGUCGGUAAACGGCCUAUUUAACAUCGAAGAACUGCAGGAAGAUGCUUUUAGGCGGAUGUUUAGAUUUCAUAAGGAACACCUGAAAGACCUGAGAACGUCUCUGCUUAUCCCGGACGCUGUAAUAAGCGCCCAGGGUGUCGGCGUAAGUGGCGAGGAAGCUCUUCUCAUAACCCUACGCAGGCUGGCGUAUCCCAACAGGUGGUGGGAUUUGGAGCCACUGUUUGGCCGCCACUACUCCACUUUGUCAAGUAUCGUCUCCCAGGUGCUCACGCACAUUGAAGGCAACUUUGGACACCUGCUGGACUUAACUAAGAACAAGUGGCUGAACAUUGCUGAACUAGGUCGUUUUUCUCAGGCAAUGCAUCGCAGAGGUGCACCACUUAAAAACUGUUGGGGGUUCGUGGAUGGGACAGCGAGACCGAUUUGCCGGCCAUCGGUGAACCAGAGAAUAUAUUUCUCUGGUCAUAAGCGUGUCCAUGCUGUGAAAUAUCAAUCUGUCAUGUGCGCCAACGGCAUCGUGUGCGAUCUUGACGGCCCCUAUCCAGGUCACAGACACGACGCCGGUAUCCUGGGAGACAGCGGCCUUUACAGCAGGCUCGAGCACUUGGUGCAGGGUUCCUUGUACACCAUCUAUGGCGACCCUGCAUAUCCACUACGUCCACUGCUGAUGCGCCCAUAUGCUGGCUCUUCUCUGACAGAGGCACAGCAAAGGUUUAAUACCGGCAUGAGUACAGUCCGCCAGGCCGUAGAAUGGGGGUUCGGCAAGACUGUUGGACUGUUUGCGUUUUUGGACUUUAAAAAAAACCAAAAGAUUCUUCUACAAAAUGUACCUCAGAUGUACAAAGUAGGUACAAUCCUUGCAAACUGCCAUACAUGUUUGUAUGGUAGUCAAGUUUCGAUGUUUUUUGGCUUAAAACCACCAUCUCUGCCAGAAUAUCUGGUUCCCGUCACUGCUUGAGAUCCUCAAUCCUUGGAUCAGGGAUCUCGCAUGUCUUUGGAACUUGCAUAUGCGUAGCCCAUAAGAGCAUUUUGGAAAGCAUUUAAAAAUUGUCAAGCAAUUAUUGGCUCCAUUUGAACCACUGAACAAUCUCACAUUUGCCGAUGCUACGUUUUGUGUGAUCUGUUAAAGCAAGCUUUGUUAAUCUUGUAUGCAGUGCUGGAGCACCAAUCGGAGGCGUAGUUUUAACACACUUUAAUUUGCAAAAUUUUAUUCCCAAGCAUUUAGGCAUGUAUGUUACAAGGAUAAUGACCUUGUAACUUCUUUUUGAAGAAAUAAAUGCACCAUACUGCGCUACAAGAAUGUUUAUUUUUUGUUUUGCGAAAGCUUGUGUAUAAUUUCUAGAAGUGCCUUCUGAGUUGCCAGGGAUGACUCUCUUUCUGCCCUGCGCUCCUGUAUCUCUAUUUCGUGCUGCUUCUGCAGCCUCCCAAGUUCUUCGCACCGGAGCUGUCUAUCUUCAUCCAGCAUUCGCUGCUGCCCCUCCCAUUCCCGCCUUCUCUGGUCCAGCUGGUCCCUCUCCAGAGUGAGGCGCUGCUCUGCGAGGGCAAUCUUUCGCUCCUCUAAAGAGCACUCUGUGGCUCUCAUUGACUUCUCGUACUUCAGUCUUUGCUCGAAGAAAGCCAGGUUGCCCUUCUCGGCAGCCCUUUUCACACCUGCAAAUAAAGAUCAAAUGAGAGGGGCACUGUUAAGAUGCUGUUUGUAGAUAGGCAGUGACAAACUACUCCACACAUUUGUAUUUUACAGGUGGCCUAACUACACACAGCGUAUACUUGCCUUGCCUUCCCUGCAGCGUCCCUCUUGAGCUACACUGAUCAGUAUCGGGCUGUGCACUUGUAAGCUCAGGGGAGUUCCUGCAGGUAGGCACACCCAAAUCUAACGCAGGUUCAUCACCUGGAUGUAUAUCUUCAUAUAUUUGCAGCAACUGUGUAGUCGCUGGACUUUCUUCGUCCGGGUUCCCUGUGUGAAAAUAGAAGACACCAACGAAUUCUGUAAUAUUAUAUUCUGUUUGGCAUUACUUCUUUUGGCUGCUAAGAGGCAGUCAACAGAAGAAAUAUGAAAGUCAUAUCACAUCUCCAUCUUCCUGCUGCAUAAUGCAGGCCCAUGAAGGCACCUUACAGCAUAGUUUUGGCGACAUGCUGUGGUGCUUUGAACACUUAAACUAAAUAGCAUGUGUCUUUUCACAAUAUGUGUUGACAAAAAAUGUCUCUGCUUGGCGCAGUUCAUUAUUGAAAGGUGAAGUAGUCUUUUCAUGCACAGCUAGUAACUGUGACUUUAAAUGGAGUGUAUUGUGCACAACAUUGCAUGUACAUCAUUGUUACAUUGUUCCAUUGAUGACCUAUGUUUGCAUAAGCUGUGAUGCAGUGCUGUCUGACUUUUCCAUACUCAUUUGAAAUAAAUGUUUGCGAACCUGA